UCCAUUAGCUGCUUCUAAAUCAAGACCACAGAUUUUAACUGUUUCGCAGAUGCCAGUUGCGCAAUGCAUCAUGUGGUUCCCCCUGUAGUUACAGACGGAUUUUGACAUGUUUAUUCCUCUCCGGCAGCUCGAGCGCGGCCACCCUCUGACGUCUCAUCUGUUGGCAGGUGUUCAGAUAUGUGCUGUAUGAGCUUGUGAAUUUCAGAUCCCCAGAUCACUUUGCAGAGGAGGACCAAGAGAGCAAGUCACGAUCAUGAAAGAGAGGAGUGGAGUUUUUCCCGUGUGGAAAGUGCUGCUGGUGGGGAUGUGUGUGCUGCUGCUGCUCCUGAGCUCUGCAGGUUUGGUGUUCCUGCUGCUUCGGCAGAGAGAGCUGGCAGAGGAGCUGGCCAGGUUAGAGUCCCAGAUGCAGGAGCUGUCACAGAGCUGCAGGCUGCAGGCGGGAAUCCUGCCGCCCGACCUCGCAGAGGCCGGAGAGCUGAAGAAGCUGCACCGCAUCAGAAGGAACCAGGAGGAAGACCCAACACAAAGCCAAGAGCAGAAGGACAUGCUGAUGCUUAUGACGUACUCCAUGGUACCUGUCAAAACCUUCACAGAUCUGUGUAACAGCUCCAAAGGGGUUUGUUUAACAGGCCCACCUGGACCCCAAGGUUUGCCUGGUAGACCUGGUUCACCGGGACCAAAGGGCGCACCGGGGCCAGAGGGGAAACGAGGAAGAAGAGGUCCUCCUGGUCCACCCUGUCCCGCCUGUAAUUCCAAUGAAGGGAGAAACAAGAACAACCGAGAACGCACUCGUCAAAACAAGUUGAUGGAAUCCUCAGCUCCACGUCCAACUGAUGGUGCCAGAGGUGUUUUUAAUGUGACUGAUUCUGAGAAACUUGUGGACACAAACCUGGGAUCUGGGUCAGAAUCUGCUCAUCCAAACCGCAGCCACGACUCCCUGAAGGAUACCAACAGGACAAAUGUCACAGAGGCCCCAUUUAAACUAUCAUCAGUUACUGCAGACUUUAGCAGCAACAGUGAUGCCUUCAGUGACGGUGGAAAUGUCAGUGCUGUGAAAAAGGAGUUGCUUUCACCUCAUCCAGACCACAGACGCAGCUCUUCUGUUGAAACCAGUGCCGGAAAUAUCACAGAGACACCAGUUCAGAUAUUAACAGUUUUACAAACACCAGAUCCAGCUCAUGAUGUCAGACAUGUUCUAGACAUUUCUGGCUUUAGGAAACUUAUAUUCUCAUAUUUCGAAUCCGCUUUCUCUUCACCAACAUCGCAUCCAGCUGAAAACACCAGAGAUGCUCACAGUGACUCUGAGGAACAUCUGGACAUAAACAUGGAACCUGUGACAUUUCAUAAAGAUGGCAGCCAAGACAACUUGAAAGAUACAGUCACUAAAAAUGCUACAGGAGGAUCAGAAAAAUUAAUACCAGCUCUAAUUGAUGCAGAACAAACCAGAGACACCUCCAGAACUGUCACUGACACACCCAUGAAGAGAGAAUCACCAACAUCACGUCCAGCUGAAAACACCAGAGAUGCUCACAGUGUUGCUGGCUCUGAGAAACAUCUGGACACAAACAUUGAACCUGAGCUGGUGACAUUUCAUCAACACGGCAGCCAUGACACCUUGAAUAAUAAUGACAAUAAAAAUGCCACAGAGGGACCAGCAAAAGUAUUUCCAGCCACACUGGAUGCAGAACAAAACAGAGACGAUUUUAGUGCUGCUGACUCGAAGGAACGACUGGACACAAAAAUGGAAUCUGAGUCAAUAAUAUUUCAUCAGGACAACAGCCAUCACACCUCAAAUGCUACUAAAAGACAGAAUGCUACAGAGGCACCAAUCACAUUAUUAACAACCUCACUGUCUGCAGAACCGGAUCAGAAGAGAAACGCUCUCAACAGCAGUGGAAACAUUAUUGAUAAACCCAUGAAAAGUGACUCGUUGCAGAUGUCCAAUAACAUCAACAUGACCACCACUGACAUGCAAAUGAAAACUGAAUGUAAGAUUAAAACUAUUAAAUGUUCGGAGAGGUCGACCAAAAUGCAGAGCACCUUUGGAGCCUGGAUGUCGGAUGCAUCUCAGCCGGAUGACGGUCGAUACUGGCUGGCCGAACACUUCUCAGGUCGAGUUUUGGCAGAGUCCAGGAACAUUUCAGCUUUUCAGGAGGCAAACUAUAAAACUAUCGACAUCAGGAGGUUCUACCAGGGCUGUGGUCAUGUUGUUUAUCAGAGCUCAUUUUACUUCCACAACGCAGGAACAAACAGACUCAUUAAAUUUGACCUGAACACGAGGAGAAUAAAGACUCUGAUGAUGCCCGGCAGCAGAUAUAAGAGCCUGACUUAUCUUUUCCGCAACUCAAAGACGUACUUCAAGUUUGCAGUGGAUGAAAAUGGACUUUGGGUCAUCUAUGCUUCCACCACAGAUGACAACACGAUGGUUGCGAAGCUCGACCCUGACACAUUCUCUGUGGAGUCUGUCGUUGACACUGGUUACCCAACAACUAAAGCAGGAAACGCUUUCAUUGUGUGUGGGGUCUUGUAUUUUACAGACGACAGCGACAGAAGGGUGACGUAUGCUUUUGAUUUGAAGAAAGAGAGUCCUGUGGAUGCGAGUUUUGACUUGAGGCCAGCUAAUGGCAUCUUGGCAAUGCUGUCAUACUAUCCUAACAGAAAGCUUCUGUACAUGUGGGACAACAGCAGUGUGACAACCUGCAGAGUUAAACUCAAGCAGAACUAAAACAAAAAUAAAAAAUCUAACUUUUCUUGUAA